AUGGCCAUGCUCUUCUUCUAUGCCUUCAUGGUGGUGGGUGUGCUCUCUCAAGCACACCCAAUCCCACCAAUUUCUCUCACCGUUGAUCUGUCCGGUAAAGGUGACUAUACUAAAAUACAAGACGCUAUUGACGCCGUGCCGUCUAACAACGUCGUGCCUGUGUCGAUUUGGGUUCGACCUGGUGUCUACCAAGAAAAAGUUGAUGUGCCUGCAGACAAACCCUUUAUAACAAUGAGUGGCACAAACGCAGAGCAGACCAUAGUAACAUGGAACCAAGCCGGAUGGAUAAAUCAAACCGCAGUCUUUGCUGUGUGGGCUUCUGAUUUUACAGGACGCCAACUCACAAUUCAGAAUACAUAUGGAACCGGUGACAAAACAGUGGCACUAAGAGUAUCAGGAGACAGAGCAGCAUUCUAUGGGUGCAAAAUUUUGUCCCAUCAAGAUGCGUUAUUUGACGAGAUUGGCAAGCACUACUACAAAGACUGCUACAUUCAAGGAGACACUGAUUUUAUAUUUGGAAGUGCUGAUUCUUUAUAUGCGAAUUGUCACUUGCAUACACUUUCGGGUCAAAACGGAGCUAUAACGGCCCAACGACGAACUUCUCCUUCAGAGGAAUCUGGGUUCACCUUUUUGUGGUGCAACAUCACCGGCGUCAAAACGGCACUCUUGGGAAGGCCAUGGGGGCCAUAUGCCAGAGUCGUAUUUGCCUACACUCAAAUGUCAAACGUGAUUCUGCCACAAGGUUGGGACAGUUGGGGGCUAUCACCCUACAACUUAAGUAACGUUUUCUAUGGGGAAUACAACUGUUUUGGACCGGGAGCCGUGACAACACAAAGAGUUAAUUGGGCACACAAGCUUACCACCAGAGAAUUUGCACACUUCAUGGCUCAGGCUAGUGCCCUUCGGCGUACAAUUAUUGGUAGCGACGGAGGAGGAGGGCAACGUGGAGCUUCCACUCCCAUUGGAGGAGAAGGAAACAAAGCCAACGUGGAGCAGGCUCCCGCUUCAGCUGCAGGGCUCACCAUUGAGUAG